AAAAAUAGGCCAAAUAAGGCCAAACAUGUCUGGUCCAAAGUUCACGUAGUGAGGACAGUCACCAACUUGCAAUUGGUGCUGUCACUGGCGUCCUUGAUUUUGUUUCGCGUCUGAGUCUGAAGACUGCUUCGAUAGCACUCCACACCCAGGCCUUCUUUGGAUCACAUGGGUCGGUCCAUACGCCGACCUCUACUACGCGACUUUUUUACUCCGACCGCGAGACAGUGGAAAGGCAAAGAGAAAGCGGUAGACCAGGAUGUGGAUUACGCUCAGUGCGCCGAAUGUGCCGAAUGGCUCUUGGGAGUAACACACGAAUCAUGCUGCGUCAUGAGGCACUCCGUUUGGUGUCCGAGACGAAAUCAUAUAUCAAUGAUCAAUGACGCUGUUCCCCGUCGACCGCAAACAUUGAGUCAUUCUGCAAGUCCUUCAAAUAUCCGCCGCUAUUCCUCAUCUCUUCCAUCGUGUUCAAAUUCUCCACAAUUUAAUCAUCUCUUGACGACUUCGUCGUCGCCGAGUCCCGAAAAAUGGGACGUCCAAACCUCUCCUUUGAACCACUUCCUGUCUCUCCUGCAAGGAAAUCACCCAUUUAACUUGGAUGAUGCAUGGAAUGCUUACCAGCUGCUCAUUGCCUCUGACGACUACCAACAUCUGAAACCGUUAGAUGUCUUAAACUUUGCUCAAAAGCUCUCUACUGCUAUAGAGGCAGGUGGUGAGGACAAUGGCGUUUCAUACUUGCAAAGAUGGGGCACACGACUUGCUGCGCUGAAUGAGCGGCUGGAGUCCAUAUUCGAGAAGCAUUCGAGCGAAGACGUUAUGAGGUUAAAACUCGUAGCGAGGGGCUCGGCAUUUGUAGGAGAUUUGGACCAUGCAAUCGCUACCACCCACGAAUUAUCGGAUCUACUUAUUGACGGGCGGAGAGAGGAAUUAUUGGAAAUCUAUGGAACCCUUAUACGGUCAAUGGCACUUCAUCAAGAUGGCGAGCACGUCCUGGAUUUUAUUCUUGCAGAGUGGGCCAAUAUCGGGAUGCAUCUCUUACCUCUUUCUACUCGUUUGCAGUCUUUGGGCAUUCCCGUAAAACCCUCAUCGUUCCAAGAUACGAUUUACUCGAUUUUGGCCAACAUACCGGAUGCCGCGUCUCUAUUGGCCAAGCGACGACACUGGAGUUCGGAGACGCGGCAGCGUAUUGGAGUCCUGCUGCUGGACGUAUUAUGGCAGGAAACCCUGGCAGAGGACGCGUAUGCAUUGCUGAAAGAAAUGCGAGCGCAGCGAAUGUCGAUACAAGUUGACGUGCAAUUACGAGUGGUCCGCUCGCUUGUUCGCGCUGACUCUUUCAUUCGUGCCAAUGAGCUGUAUAGAACCAUAUCAGAGUCGACGAGCACCCGGCAUAAAUUUUUCAUCUCUACUGGGAUGCUCCUCGCGGCACACCAGGGUGACAUCGACCGCACCGAGGAGUACUAUUCUCAACUCGACACAGCACGGUGGAUUACGUCGCAGGACAGAGCCACUCUUAUGCAUGCAUAUGCAGUUGCCGGACGAGUGGGCAAAGUCGUCGAACUAUUUCACGAGUUCUUUUCUGGCCCAAAGAAUUCACGGGUCGGAGCAAAGCCUUCAAUCGUGCAUUACAGCAUUGUGGUCUAUGCACACGCAGAGCGCGCGGAUUACGACGGGCUCAAUUUUUGGCUUCAGGCUAUGUCGAAAGCUGGACACACUCCUGAUAUCUACGUCUACAGCAUCAUCCUCAAAAGCUUUGCUGCUCGUGGAGAAGUAGAAUCUGUCUCUGCCGUUUUGGACCAGAUGCGCGCUGCCAAAAUUAUGCCCACCCGUGUCUUGUACACAACUGUCAUAUCUCUUCUCGCACAUAGGAAGGACCCCGUAUCCGCGGAAGCCAUUUACAAACGUGCAUUACGUGAAGGGAUAGCUCCUGAUCGCAAAAUGAUCACCUCUCUUAUGAAUACCCACGUAGAAGCUGGUUCUUGGACGGGAGUAGUGCGCGUUUUUGACUACCUCAAAUCAUCACGAAAUCCUCGCCUUCGGCUAUCAGUAGAAGUCUACAAUACCCUGUUGAAGGCCUACGUCCUUAUCGGCGCCCCUUUUCAGGUCGUCUCUACAAUAUUUCGCAAGCUUGAAGCCAUGGGCAUACAGCCGAAUGGACGGAUGUAUACCCUCAUCAUCCAGUCGGCCUGCGACGCAGGAUACAUGAACAUCGCCAACAGGAUUUUUGCCGAGAUGCAAUCAGCCUCAAAAGACUGGCAGACAACUUACCGCGUUGAUGCCUUCGUGUUGACGAUCAUCAUGGCUGGUCAUUUACGACUGGGUGACAAGCGUAGUGCAAAGGCAGUUUAUGACGACAUGUGCGAGCGAGGCAUUCAACCUACAUCCGCCACAUUCUACCAUAUCCUUCGCGCUUAUGGUAACGAGAGAACCGAAGAAAGCCUCCAAAUUGCAGAGGUCUUCUUGAAGACCAUCAUGGCUGGUGAGUCUUCGGCGUCGUGGAUCCCUCCUCAGACUCGCGCAGCAGCGCUUGAGCACGUCCAUGGACCCCUCAUGCUUGCGUAUACGAAAACUGAUAAACCGGAGGAGGUGGAGCGGUUGUUCCAAUCUAUGUUGGAUGCGGGCGGAGAACCUUCGUUGGCCAGCUUGGCAGUGCUCCUCGAUGCCUACCGUCGCUCUGGUGACAUUGAAGCCGUCCAUGGGCUUUGGCCACAGAUAUGGCAACUCGCCUUACGUCUUUCGAAGACAGAUUCUCUUUUCGAUGGAGAAGAUAACACCCCUUCCGACCCCACGAAACGUCAGGGUAAUCUUCUUCUCUGUGCACCCCUAUCCAUCUAUAUUGAUGCACUUUCUGCGGCUGGGGAACACUUUGUGAUUGCCGAGAUGUGGGGGAAAGCGAGAUCUCAUGGUUUCAGCUUCGAUUCACAUAACUGGAACCAUUUGGCGGUGGCCCUGGUCCGUGCGGCAGAGCCGGAGCGGGCCUUCGAAAUAGUUGAGCGAGUAUUGCUACCCUAUCAGCGUCAGAGCGAGGCUGUACUCCGUGACAGAGGUUUAUUUCCUGAUUCCCUCUUCGCCUUCGAUACCAAGCCCGCAGAUGUCAGUAAACCAGUUUCUCAGUCGCCGAUGCACCGGAGUGAGCGCCGAGCUUAUCAGUCGAAAAUGGCUACGAAGAGAUCCGGUGACGCGCUAGAAAUGGAUCCAACCUCGGAUGAUUUUGCUCAUCCAUUACACAUACUACACCAGAUAUCCCCUUCCUGGAAUGUUUGGCGCCCCCAUCGUGCUGUACUUGUCCUGCUGUCAGGUGUGCUGCGCCAUCUGGAAUCUGGGAUGUUUGUCCAGCCGAUGGGAGACCGUAGCUCAGCGCCACAGGCACUAGACCCUGACUCUGACGACGCUUUCACUCGUGGAAACCUUGCGCGAGAAAUGCUUGACCGCAUUUAUCUCAAUUAUCCUGACACAAUUCACGCUAUUCGCUUGCACGAGCGUUGGAUUGCAAGGAAAUCUUCGUUGACGACACAGGACGAUGGGUGGUAGACGAAGGUACAUGGCACCAAGUACGGAGUACAUUGCGAGGUAGAGGAGGCAUUAGUGAUGCAGUGGUGAUUACAUUGUCUGAACACGAAGAUCCAAAGGCAGUACGGUGUUACGUGACUCCCAUCAACUAUCUUCUGACUCAUCAGAGGGGUCGGAAUCGCCAUCUCGUCGUCGUCGCCCAUGCUUGUUAGUUCCGUGGCGAUUUCGCUACAAUGAUAGCGAGUUUCUAAGCCUCCGGCUCAGACGGAGGAUGGAAGGAUCUUACCAGCGGUAGUU